GUCCCAACCCCUCUCCUCCUAGCCUGCCUCUCUCUCUCUCUCUCUCUCUCUCUCAAACCAUAAACACCAGAGAAGACGACUGCUGCGCCUCUCCCUCUGUGAAAUCUGUACGGAAGCCUAAUUUUCUGUUCAGUGCAUUCAACAACGAAAGCUUUUUGUUAAAGGUCCAUUUAUGGCGGUCCAACCGGUGGUCUCUCUCCAUUGAGUUACUGUAAUUGAUUCUUGUACCUUAUUUUCUCUCUCUCUCUCUCUCUCCAUUGAGUUACUGUUCACUCGUUCUCUGUUGUCGCAAUCACUAGCAUUUUUUCGUAUCUGAUUCCAAAAAUGAUGUCGAAAAAAGGUUCAAAUCCAACUGUUUCCAACCAUUCUUGACGUUUUUGAGAACUUGUUCAAAUAGAUUAUAUUCGAGUUCUUUGUACUUAAUAUACAUCGAUCGUCUGUAAAAGCAACCGAGCACAGCUUGGAAUAAAGCCCGGGAUAGAAAGUCGGAAAUAGGGGAGUUUCAGGAGUUUUGGUUUUGUACAAUGUUAGAUAUUCCACGGAACUCAGACAGUGAAGUCAGUUCCGAAACCCUAAAUUCAAGCCAGAGCUCGAUGAGUAGAAGUGACAGUUGCGUUAGUUUCAGCCGAUUGUCCUUUGAAAAUCUGGAACUGAGAUCGGAGUCGCCGGAGAAUCUGUCGCUGAAGCCACACCGAUCGUCGGACUCGUCGUGGCAGGCCAUACGAUCGUUGACGUUUCGGAGGAAGGCGGGGCUGGGUUUCAGGGACUUCGGCCUUGUACGCCAAAUCGGGAGCGGCGACAUCGGGAGGGUCUUCCUAUGCCGCCUCCGCAGCGGCGGCGGCGGCUUCUACGCCAUGAAAGUGGUGGAUAGAGAGGUCUUGGCCGUGAAGAAGAAGAUUCAGAGGGCGGAGAUGGAGAAGAAGAUUCUGAAGAUGCUGGACCACCCCUUCUUGCCUACGCUCUACGCCGAGUUUGAAGCCUCCCAUUUCUCUUGCGUAGUGAUGGAGUACUGUUCCGGUGGUGAUUUGCAUUCUCUCAGACAUAAACAACCCUACAAACGCUUCUCUUUGAGCUCCGCAAGGUUCUAUGCGGCCGAGGUUCUCGUAGCUCUAGAGUACCUUCACAUGCUGGGAAUCAUUUAUAGAGACCUGAAGCCGGAGAACGUGUUUGUCAGAUCAGACGGUCACAUCAUGCUCUCUGAUUUCGACCUCUCGCUCUGCUCAGAUGCAAUCCCAGCCGUUGAAUCUCCGGACUCCUCUCCGGACGACCCAGCAGCAGCAGCAGCAGACUGUAUGAGGUUCACACAAUCUCCCCGUGCACCCACCACCCCAUUUUCAUGCCUCUCGAAGCGUCUGUUGUUCCGAUCAAAGAAAAUCCAGACGCUGACAACAAACCGGCUGUUCGUGGCGGAGCCGGUCAGCGCCCGGUCAUGCUCGUUCGUGGGAACCCACGAGUAUGUGGCCCCGGAGGUUGCGGCAGGUAGGUCCCACGGGAACGCUGUGGACUGGUGGGCCCUUGGGAUUUUCAUCUACGAGAUGAUAUACGGACGAACACCAUUCUGUGCGGAGACUAACGAAGCUACGCUGCGUAACAUUGUGAAAAAACCACUGUCCUUCCCAACUGACUCUCCUGCCAGCACCUCUGAAUUGCACGCGCGUCACUUGAUCUCCAGGUUGUUGGUCAAAGACCCUUCGGGUCGGAUCGGGGCUAUGCGCGGUGCAGCAGAAGUCAAGACCCACCCGUUUUUCAAGGGCUUAAACUUUGCUCUCGUACGCUCCCUCACCCCCCCAGAUAUUCCAGGAGGUGGUAUCCGGAUACACAAAACGACGACGUCCCUUCCACGAACUAAUGUCGGUGGCCGAAUGCCUCAAUCAACGGUCUUUGACUACUUCUGAUCAACAGAGUCGCGGGAUAUGUGCCACGUGUAUAUGCUUUCCUGCCAGAUUUUGCAACCGGGGCUAGAGUAAAUAUUCGUGGGCUACGUUUCUUUUUUCUUUUUUUUUUAAAUUUAUAAUUUUUAUAUAUAAAUUUUUAAUCUAUGGAGUAGAUGAAGAAAGUUACUAAUUAAUUAGUUGUAAUAUGUUAGUUAAUAUGCAUGGUAAGGAGAUGACGUUAAUGGGGAUAUACGAGGUUCAUGACAAUGGGGUCGCUUUGGGAAUGAGGGUUUAGGUGGCGGUGGAGUUGGUAAAUGGGGCGUCCAAUAACUUGGGUAUCAUUUAAUUUAGUUUUUAAAUUAAUAUUUAGA